GCCGCCGCCGCGGGACCGGCCAUGCUGCUCUUCUGCCCGGCCUGCGGCAACGUGCUGGUGGCCGAGGAGGGGCCCCGCUGCCACCGCUUCGCCUGCACCACCUGCCCCUACGUGCGCAACGUUACGCGGAAGGUGACGAGCAGAAAGUACCCGCGGCUGAAGGAGGUGGAUGACGUGCUGGGCGGCGCCGCGGCCUGGGAGAACGUGGACUCCACCGCAGAGCCGUGCCCCAAGUGCGAGCACCCCCGCGCCUACUUCAUGCAGAUCCAGACGCGCUCGGCCGACGAGCCCAUGACCACCUUCUACAAGUGCUGCAACGCGCAGUGCGGGCACCGAUGGCGGGACUGAGGGGCCCGGCCCUGCCCCGGCCGCCCGGGGGGCGCUGAGGGUCCCGGGGAGGGGGGGGUGAGGGUCCCGGGGAGGGGGGGGGUGAGGGUCCCGGGGGCCGCUCACCCUCCAAGCCGAGGAAGGGGGCAGCCGGUGGCGGCCGGCCCUGGAGCGCAGGCCCCGCGGGAUGGGGCUGGGUGCCUUCUCCUGCAAUAAAGUGUCACUGGGUGGAA